AAAAGUGAGCUAGACACAGUGAGAGACUCGGCAGCGCUGCUGCACAUUCAAAAUAGAGUCAGAGGGUGGGAGAGAGAGAGAGAGAGAGAGAGAGAGAGGGAGAAAGAAGGAGAGUCAGGGACAGGCAGUGCUGUAAAGGAGAGCACAAAGAGAAGGAAAGUGGAGCAGGGGAGGGGAACAGGAGGCUGGGUGAAGGGAGAGGGAAAGACAAAAGAAGGAGAGGGAAGACAUUAAAGGGUGAACGGAAGGGACUGAGCAAAUGGCUACGGAGGAGACGGCGGGGGGAGCCAGGAAAGCCACCAAGAGCAAACUGUUUGAGUUCCUGGUCCAUGGAGUGCGUCCUGGCAUGCCGUCUGGAGCGAGGAUGCCCCACCAGGGAGCGCCCAUGGGCCCCCCUGGCCCACCGUACGGUGGGAGCCCGGCGGUGCGACCCGGCCUGCCCUCCCCGGUGAUGGAGCCCAGUCGUAAGAGGCCUGCACCCUCCCAGCAGGUCCAGCAGCAGCAACAGCAGCAGCAGGCCGUCCAGGGCCGGGCCAGAAAGAAGCCAGUUGGAUUCCCUGGAGCCAAUGAGAUGCCGGCGAGGCAGAUGGACAUGAGAGAGCCCCAAUCAGAUCCCACGCUCGGAUCAAAUGCUAAGAGAAGGAAAAUGGCAGACAAGAUUCUUCCGCAAAGGAUCCGUGAGCUGGUCCCCGAGUCUCAGGCCUACAUGGAUCUGCUGGCUUUUGAGCGCAAACUGGACCAGACCAUCAUGCGCAAACGUGUGGACAUCCAGGAGGCGCUGAAGAGACCAAUGAAGCAGCAGAAGCGUAAACUGAGGCUUUACAUAUCGAACACGUUCAACCCUGCCAGACCUGACGCUGAUGACUCAGAUGGCAGCAUUGCAUCAUGGGAACUGCGAGUAGAGGGGAAGUUGCUGGAUGACCCGGGGAAGCAGAAGAAGAAGUUUUCUUCAUUUUUUAAGAGCCUGGUGAUUGAGCUGGACAAAGACCUCUACGGUCCUGACAACCACCUGGUGGAGUCAAUGCGUGGUGCCUUGCUCUUUCAGUGGCACCGCACGCCCACCACUCAGGAGACGGACGGCUUCCAGGUGAAAAGGCCGGGAGACGUGAGUGUGCGCUGCACUCUGCUGCUAAUGCUGGACUACCAGCCUCCCCAGUUUAAGCUGGACCCUCGCCUGGCUCGCCUGCUUGGCAUUCACACUCAGGCUCGCUCCUGCAUCAUCCAGGCCCUCUGGCAAUACGUCAAGACCAACAAGCUGCAGGACUCCCAUGACAAGGAGUACAUCAACUGUGACAAGUAUUUCCAACAGAUCUUUGACUGCCCUCGGCUGAAGUUCUCUGAGAUCCCUCAGCGCCUCACCAACCUCCUUUUACCCCCCGACCCCAUCGUUAUCAACCAUGUCAUCAGUGUGGAUCCCAACGACCAGAAGAAGACGGCCUGCUACGACAUCGACGUGGAGGUGGAAGACCCCCUGAAGGGUCAGAUGAGCAGCUUCCUCCUCUCCACCGCCAACCAGCAGGAGAUCGCCUCACUCGACAACAAGAUCCAUGAGACCAUCGAGUCCAUCAACCAGCUGAAGAUCCAGAGGGACUUCAUGCUCAGUUUCUCCAGAGAUCCCAAGGGCUACAUCCAGGACUGGCUUAAAUCCCAGAGCCGAGACCUUAAGUUAAUGACAGACGUGGUGGGGAACCCUGAAGAGGAGAGGAGGGCAGCGUUUUACCACGAGCCUUGGUCCCAGGAGGCGGUCAGCCGCUAUUUCUACUGCAAGAUCCAGCAGAGGAGACAGGAGUUGGAACAGGCCUUAGCUGUCCGCAACACCUAAACCACCAAGGCCCUCCUGAAUCUCUGCAUCUGAUUUCAGAGCUGCGUGUGCUUGGAUGUGGGUAAGGCCAUCGCUGUAGUCUGGUGAAACCUCAUACCUCUAAAAAUUCAAGUUACUAAAUUUUUUUAAAAAAAAAACCUUUUGUCUUAGUGAUAAAAGAAAAUGCAAAUUCAGAAGUUUUUCCAAAAUGUUGAAGUUAAAGGGAAAUUAGAGGUUUUCUCACAACAGCAGCGAUGUGCACGUAUGGAAGCCCAGAUCUCGAUGCAGAUAUGCGUCCACUCCACUCCACCAUAUUUGUUCCGUUUUGCGCAGGACUGUGAGGACAUCGUCAUUAACAGCAUGUGUUCAGCUGCACCCUCAGAAGUCAAGCCCCUCGGAGCACAAUCAUCCUCAGACUCACUGCCUAAUAAAAAAACAACCUCCUCUUUGUCACUAGUCUCUGCUUUUGCAAACACAUCACUAACUCUGACGCGGCUGCUCACACAUCGCUGCGUUUUUUGGAUUCUCGAGAAAAGCGUUUGCUGUUGUGUCCGACAGAAAGGUACAGGAUGUUACUCAUCGUCACGGUCAAUUCUCACAUUGUCUUUAUACUUUAUGUUUUCCAACUCUUUCUGGAAUGGCUUUAUUGUUUUGAAGUGUGACUGUGUAGGUUGUUUUUUAUUUGUUCUCAUUAGGAAAGUAUUUUUGAAAGGUUGAUUAACUACACCAGCAAAGUCGAGAUUACGGUGUUUGCAGGGAAUCAAUUCUAUCUAGGAACCUGAGGUGUGGAUUCCAUUCGUUGUCAGGUUGGAGCGAGUCAAUUAGAAAACCUCCAAUGUGUCUCAUUUUUGUUUGCCAGUAAACUGUUUGAUUUUUGCAGUAAUUCCAACAACAGUAUUAGGUAAGUUAACUUAAGUAUUAGCUUAUUAGUUUUAAUGAAGGAGAAACAACAUUUGAUCAACAAAAUUGUACCUUUUUCUUUACUUAAUCAGCAAAAUGACAAAUAUGCCUAAACAUUUUGGGACUUGAUCUGUUUUGUCAGAAGUCGCUCACUGCCUCGUCCUUGUGUAGUAUUUUGCCAGUUAAUGUCUGGAAGGUGUUACCAAAGGUUGCAACAAGAAGAUGAGAAACACGAUCACUGAAAUAGAAGUGGGCAAAAGUCUUCACCUGGGUUUUGCAAAAUUGCAAAAGGAAAUGCAAAAUGUUUCCUUGUACGGUGUUCGU